GCCGGCCGCUGACCAUGAAGCUCAGCCGGCAGAUCACAGUCCUGGGCAGCGCUGUAUUCUGUGUGGUGAUCUUCUCCCUGUAUCUGAUGUUGGAUAGAGGACAGUUCGAUCAGCCCAGCAGCCCUCGCAGAGAAGGAGCCUUCCCAAAGGGUCAGCUCUCAAUAUUACAAGACAAAAUUGAUCACUUGGAGCGCCUCCUAGCAGAAAAUAAUGAGAUCAUUUCUAAUAUAAGAGACUCUGUAAUAAACCUGAGCGAGUCUGUAAAAGAUGGUCAGAAGAACCCAGAAGCCAUAAACUCUAGUCGUGGAUCCCUUUCUCCGCUUUUUCCGUCCGCACCUGUAUUACUUCCAGUCAACAUGGAGGACUGUCAGUUUGCUUCUGCAAGUAGUAGGCAAAAAGCCGAAGUCCAAAUGCUGGAUGUGUAUGACAUUCUUCCAUUUGAUAAUCCAGAUGGUGGGGUUUGGAAGCAAGGUUUUGAAAUAACCUACGAUGAACAUGACUGGGAUAACGACAUUCUUCAGGUUUUUCUUGUGCCUCACUCCCACAAUGACCCAGGUUGGCUGAAAACCUUUGAUGACUAUUUCAGAGACCAGACACAGCACAUUCUUAAUAACAUGGUUGUGAAACUACAAGAAGAUAAAAGGAAAAAGUUCAUGUGGUCUGAGAUUUCAUAUUUUGCCAAAUGGUGGGAUGGUAUUGAUAACCAGAAGAGAGAAGCAGUAAAGAAGUUAAUCGAGCAGAAACAGUUUGAGAUUGUUACAGGUGGAUGGGUAAUGGCGGAUGAAGCUUCUUCUCAUUAUUUUUCAUUGAUCGAUCAGUUGAUUGAAGGACACCAAUGGCUGGAGAAAAAUCUCGGUGUCAAGCCAAAAUCCGGUUGGGCAGUGGACCCAUUUGGACACUCUCCAACCAUGGCUUACCUUCUAAAACGCUCAGGGCUGUCAAACAUGCUUAUCCAACGGGUCCAUUAUACUAUUAAGAAACAUUUUGCAGCAAAAAAAACAUUAGAAUUUUUUUGGAGACAAAAUUGGGAUUUGGGAAGCAGCACCGACAUUUUGUGCCAUAUGAUGCCUUUCUACAGCUAUGAUAUCCCUCACACAUGUGGCCCUGAUCCAAAGAUCUGCUGUCAGUUUGAUUUCAAGCGUUUGCCUGGUGGUAGGAUAAACUGCCCGUGGAGGGUGCCUCCAGAACCUAUUAAUGAUGGCAACAUAGAACACAGAGCAUGGAUGAUUUUAGAUCAGUACAGAAAGAAAUCAAAGCUCUUCCGCACUAACGUACUUUUGGUUCCACUGGGUGAUGAUUUUCGCUUCAGUGACAGUUCAGAAUGGGAUCAGCAAUACCAGAACUAUCAAAAACUGUUUGAUUACAUGAACUCUCAUACUGAGCUCCAUGUUAAGGCACAGUUUGCUACACUGUCUGAUUAUUUUGAAGCUCUCCGGAAGGUUACCAGCAUUGAUGAAACCAGUGGACCCUCAUUUUUUCCAGUAUUAAGUGGGGAUUUCUUCACUUAUGCGGAUAGAGAUGAUCACUACUGGAGUGGAUACUUUACCUCCCGGCCCUUCUACAAACGUCUUGAGAGAGUCAUGGAAUCCUACCUGAGGUCUGCAGAAAUACUCUAUUCUCUAGCUAUUGUGCAAGCUCGUAGAAACCACAAACUGUCAGCUUUUCCAUCAGCAGAACAUUAUAAAUUACUGACAGAAGCCAGGAGAAAUUUGGGACUUUUCCAACAUCAUGAUGCCAUUACUGGAACAGCCAAAGAAUGGGUGGUGGUGGAUUAUGGCACCAGGCUAUUCCACUCACUGAUGAACCUGAAAAAAGUGAUAGUAGAUUCAGCACAUCUUCUUAUUCUGAAGAAUAAAGACAUGUACAGCUACAACCCCUCUACUCCAUUCUUCAAUAUGGAUGAAGUGCAGAAAGCCCAGGAUGCAUUACCCCAAAAGACCGUUAUUAAAGUCACGGGUCAUCCAAGGCCCCAUGCAGUCUUUAAUCCUUUCGAACAAGAGCGUUUGUCUGUUGUUUCUGUGUACGUUAAUUCUCCAAAAAUCAAGGUGAUGGAUGCAGCAGGAAAAUAUGUGAAAGCUCAGAUCACUGCAGUUUGGGAUGGAGCUACUGUGGUUUCUCAGGACACGUAUCAGGUCUCAUUUUUGGCAUAUUUACCCCCUCUUGGUCUGGCUGUAUAUCAACUAGUGGAAGCCGAAAGUCCAGAAACUGUGAAGGCAGAUUAUACCAUUUUUACUAGAGGAAGAAAUAAAAUCACAUCUGAUGGAGUCUUCCAUAUCAGUGAAUUGGAUGACAUAAUCCGGGACUUAACUUUAGAGAAUUCCUACCUAAAGCUUGGCUUUUCAGAGACGUCCGGUCUUCUUGAGAAAAUGAAGAUAAAGGAAAGUGGAAAAACUCAUGAUGUGAAAGUUGCAUUUAAUUGGUAUGGUACAACAAGUAACAGAGAUAAGAGUGGGGCCUAUUUGUUCCUGCCUGAUGGUGACGCCAAGCCAUAUGUUUCUGACCCACCAAUUAUAAGAGUCACUCAUGGAAGUAUUUUCAGUGAAGUUGUUUGUUUCUUCAACCACAUAACGCACUCAGUACGACUUUACAACGUUCAGGGAUUUGAAGGCCAGUCUCCAGAAAUAACGAAUAUUGUGGACAUCCGAGGUGAAUCAAAUCGUGAAAUUGUGAUGAGAAUAUCCUCAGACAUAAACAGCCAAAAUAAGUUUUUCUCUGAUCUAAAUGGCUACCAGAUCCAGCCACGCCAAACUUUAAGCAAAGUGCCUCUUCAGGCUAAUGUUUAUCCAAUGAGCACAAUGGCUUAUAUUCAAGACAUUUUCAGCCGAUUAACUCUGCAUGCUGCACAGCCUCUUGGCAUUGCCAGUUUGAAAAGUGGUCAGCUGGAAGUGUUCAUGGACCGUCGACUAAUGCAGGAUGAUAAUCGUGGUCUUGGGCAAGGUCUUCAAGAUAACAAAAUCACAUUUAAUUUAUUCAGGAUUCUUUUAGAGCAAAGGUCUGGAAUACAAGAGAGUGAAGACAAAAGAGCUGUCAGUUACCCAUCCCUUUUAAGUCAUAUAACAUCAACCAUCUUAAACCAACCAAUAAUAUCAAUGGCUGCAACAGAGGACACUGGUGCUCCUCCACUACUAGAUGCCUUCUCUCCUCUCAUGUCUUCAAUGCCGUGUGAUGUUCACUUAGUUAAUUUACGAACUAUUCAAGCUAAGGUGGGACCAUCAGAGGAGGCGGCGCUAAUUCUGCAUAGGAAAGGAUUUGACUGCAAGUUUACAAAUAAAGACCUUGGGCUCUUCUGCUCUACAUCUCAGGGAAAGAUUUCAGUUUAUGAACUUUUCAGUGGAUUCAAAGUUGAAAGUCUCAAAUCAUCAACCUUAUCUUUAAUGCAUACAUCUCUAGAUGCUCUAAACUUAAGUACGGUCACCAUGAGCCCCAUGGACAUUAGCACAUUUCGAGUAAAACUGAGAUGAACUUUGCUGUAAGCAACAACCUUAUCUCUUGUGUUUUACAUGCAAUAAAGAAGCACAUUGCUAUACCAGCUUCUGGACACUGUGAGGAUUUGAUUUCAACAUUUUCUGUUGACAACACCUCCAAGAAAAGCCAUUUUUAGCCACCUUCACCCAGUAUAUGAAGUACAAAUUUUGGAUUUUCCUUUUCUUUUAGAAAACCUAAACUUC